CUGCAAAGUCAUUGCUUCAAGAGUCGUUACGCGUGACUACAGACGCUUUCCUCCUCCCUUCACGGCCAAGGCCAGAAUCGAUGGCCUUGCUGCAACUCUAAAUGGACACAACCUCAAACCAUACUCAGGCCAGUAGCAGCACGAGUGAAACCAAUCAACCAGAGCUCCGCACGAGCGCCAGAGUGAAAGCCGCAAAGCAGAAGGCGAGGGACAAGGCAGACGACUCCGAGCAAUCAACCACCGCGCAACCCCAGACUCGGUCCAAACCCAAACGCAGCAACAAGAAUAAAUCGAAAGACACCUCUGAAUCCGCCGCCACCCGCCCUUCCAAACGCGCACGUCGGAACAUACCGGCAGCACAACCCGCGCUGAGUAUCAACGAGCCCGUGAGCGAUCCCAAGGGAAAGAAGCGCGCAGUACCCGAGCCGAGCUCCGACGACGACCCCACUGCUGGAUCCUCCCCUAAACGAAUCCGUACCACAUCUUAUUCACUCCGCUCAAGCACCACAACCGUGAAAGACUCCACUACCGAAAUGCCGAAAAAAUCACGUUCAGCAGCAAAGGGGAAGCAACCGGCCAAGUCGAAAGCCAUGACCGCUGCGGGCUCAUCGAAGAUCGAGGACGAGGACGUCGAGAUGAUGGAUGCUGAGAUGAAGGAUGACAACGAGAAUGAGGAUGGGGAUGGGGGAAACGAGGAGACGGGGGAUGUCGCGAUGAAUGAGGAUCAGCUGAACCACGAUGAUGAUGAUGACGACGACGACGACGACGGAGACGACGGUGAUGGUGGUGGUCCCCUUGGCACUGGCGGAAGUCCGCCAAUUCCUGGGGGCUUGGACGAGAGUGCGGCACUGGCCAUUUUUGGUGAUUACCAUCAAUUUGGAUCGUACAUGAUGUCGCUCUCGUCUCGGCUCAAGACGAUGCUGAAUAACAUCAAGCCGACCGCAGACCCCACAACACGGCUUCUGACGUUACAGGAGCUCAGUGAGUUGUUGAGCAUGAGCACUGAAGACACUCUUGCGGGGUCGUUCCAGGUUGAGCAGUUCGUGAAGGAGUUGGUGAAGAUCCUCGGAGGACGCGGGAAUGAUGAGGACGAAGAUGAAGACGGAGAUGGUGAUGACGGCGGUGGGCAAGAUGAGGAUGCCGCCCUUGCUGCUGCCCUUGCUAUAAGUGGUGGAGGAUAUCAAGGCGACGAGAAUCUCGAAGCCCAGGUGCUCGCUUGUCGCUGCCUUGCCAAUCUCAUGGAGGCGCUUCCGGGCGUCGCGCACACCGUCGUUUACCAUGGGGCCAUUCCUGUGCUGUGCAGCAAGCUCAUCGAAAUAUCAUACAUCGAUUUGGCGGAGCAGACACUCAGUACUAUGGAGAAGAUCUCCGAGGAGUUCCCUAGCGCCAUCGUCCGCGAGAAUGGUCUUUCCGCAUUACUCAACUACCUCGACUUCUUCUCUAUCGCCGUUCAGCGGACAGCCAUCCAGGCCGCUUCAAACUGCUGCCGAAAUGUUUCUCCUGAGCACUCGAAACAGAUUCGUGAAGUGUGGCCAAUCAUUCGGAACUGUCUGUCGUAUUCAGAUCAGCGACUGGUCGAGUUUGCGUGCAUGUGUGUCAUCCGGGCGAUUGACUCGUAUCAUCGUUCCUCAGUCGAGAACUUGGAAUUGCUUGUGGACGCUGACCUCAUCCGGGCGGUCAAUCAGUUGCUGAUACCCGCCGGCGCGCCACUAGUCACCCCCAACACGUACACACUUCUCGUCCGUGCACUGGGUACUGCUGCUCGCGCGAGCCCCAAAAUCACUAUCGCAUUGCUCGAGGCCGAUAUUGUCGACACUACGUAUCAGAUCCUCACUGGUGUUCUUCCCUCAGCCAGUGCUGCAGCGGAGCAAGGAAGUGCCAGCGGUGGACAGGGUCUGGGCGGUGGUCUGGCCGACAUGACGGUCAUGGAGAAUCUGGCCCAUCAUGGUGUCUUCGAUCACAAGUCCUACACUGAGAAGGCCCUCGGUCGUAUGAUCAAAGCUAAAGCUAAAGCUGAACGGGCUGCUGCACGACAAGCCGUCCAGGAGUCCUUGGCCGCUGCCAUGCUCAUUGACUCUGCUCCACUCGCUUCAGAAAGCUCAAAGCCGACCUCGUCUUCGGCCAGUCAGGAUGAUACCAUGUCUGCUGAGACCGCAGUGGCGGAGACUGAGGAACACGUCGGGGGAAUUGUGCCUGCUCCGGACCGGACCGAUAUGCUGCGCUCGAAGCCAGCUGUCGUUGACCGAUUCAUGGAUCUGAUGGUGCCCAUCCUCAUCGAUGUGUAUGCUGCGAGUGUCAUCACUCCCGUUCGGGUCAAGACUUUGACGGGCCUUCUCAAGGCAGUCAGCUUUCUGGAUGCGGACGGUCUGAAACGAGUUCUGAGGUUCGUUCCUGUCGCGAGUUUCGCGUCCUCGAUCUUGUCUUCGAAAGAUCACCCAACCCUGGUCAUCGGCGCGCUGCAGAUUGUAGACAUGCUACUUGCCAAGAUUCCCACGCUCUACAAGCCGGCCUUCAAACGCGAGGGUGUAUUCCACGAGAUUGAGACUCUUUCCUCCCGCACGAUCGUGUCGUCCAAGUCGAAAGACAAGGAGUCCAAGGAGAAGAUGACCGAUAACUCUGAUUCCGCUGUGCCUUCGUCAGAUGACACUCCCCCGCCGCCUACCGCUUCGACCAGCAGUGCCAUUAGCAUGGCCGCCACCCUACCCGGUUUCAAGAAGCUUUCGUCUCUCCAACUUGAGCCUGAAGACGCCAUCACUCUCCGGGCACGCGUCAUUCAGUUCAGGUAUCUUGCUGGUGACGAUAAGGCCGACGGUGAAGGCUCCUUCAGUGUUUUACAAAGUCUCGUGACGCGUCUCACUGUCGAUGGAACGGAGUCGGAAGCCACCCAGGUGUUGCACGACUUGGCAGAUUUGUUCGAUGCCACAAUGUCCACCGUGUCUAGCUUCGAGCUCCUGCAGAGCGGUCUUGUUGAUAGCUUGUUGUCCUUUGCCACAGAUGCUGAGCGUAAAUUGAGCGUGUCCCGUCGCAAGGAACUUCUGCUCGAUGCGUUUACUGCACGAAAUAGGACGGGUGCAUUCGCCACAUUUGUCAAGAAACUGCAGGAAAGUCUAACUCGAAUGGAGUCAUUCGAAGUGGUGUCAGUUGGGCAGGGGACCGACGACUCGAAGCGCAGCUCGCCGUCCCUGUUAGCUCGUCAACUUCGUCUUCGUUUAGUGGCGGAGGAUGAUUCGGACAUUCCGCGGAAUCUUCACAAUAUCGUGGUCUCGAUUCAUGCGAUAGCUACUUUCCAGGCGCUUCAUGAUUACCUUCGACCUCGAGUGUCCGGCUUGUUGUCUGGAGGGUCCCGUCUCUCGGGGAUGCUCGCAGCACUGGCUGCAUCUGGCUUUGGGGCCGCAUCGAGUUCUCGUACACCUGCUGACGAGGCACCCCCAACAUCAACAUCGAAUGGAGCAGCAGCUUCCACCUCUUCUGGUUCAUCGUCAGCUGAUUCCGGCUCGACCGUUACACGUCGUCGUAGCCAGCGCCUGAGUGCGAAGAAGGGCUCAACAUCGGAAACACCCGCUGAUCCGAUUGAAGCAGAUCCGCAAACUGAAUCCUCAGCCGAGCCAUCCGACACUGCGGCUGCUGGCCCGAGCUCGGGGCCAUUCCCUGUCGCUGAAGAUUCCGGUCUUGCGGCUGAAUUCACGGAUGACGAAGAUGAGGAUCUGGGUGUGUUCGAUGAUGAGGCUGAUCCUGAUAAUUCCAUCGCCGACAAAACUGUGACUUUGUCUAUCGCGGAGGACGGGUCGAAAGUGGAGGCUCAGACUCCGGAUGGAACGCGCGUUGCGACACCAAGAGAAGCACCAGCGUCCCGGCCAUCACCUGCACGACCAUCUUAUGCCGCUGCACUGAAGGCUAAGCCGACGGAUUGGCACCUCGAAUUUUCGAUGGACGACCAGACUUUGCCUUUGGAUUUGACGAUCUACGGGGCCAUGCACCAACACGAGAUCCGGAAGAAAACGGGGGCACUGCCACCGAAUCUUAUCUGGCAAGGCGUCUACACCAUCAAGUUCAAGAAAGUGACGGGCCCAGCCCCGUCAGCAGCCGAUCCUCGAACGGAUGUCGGAGAGUGUAGCUCGAAGGGACGAUCACUAAGUCCGACACUGUCAUCUUUGCCUGAGGAUGCACCCCAUGCCAAGAUCCUGCGUCUGUUGCGGGUGCUGCAUCAGAUCAACAUGUUGGAGACCGAAAGAUCAGCAUUUGCUGGAGAGAGGAGGGACCUUCCCGAGUCCGCCUUUGUGAACAACAAGUUGACUGCGAAGCUGACGAGGCAGCUAGAGGAGCCGAUGAUUGUUGCCAGUUCGUGUCUGCCUGAUUGGGCACUGGAUUUGCCGCAACACUUCCCGUUCCUUUUCCCCUUCACGACAAGAUAUAACUUCUUGCAGUCGACCUCCUUUGGCUACGCGCGUUUGAUCCAGAAAUGGCAGAGCCAGCAAACUCGCACGCAGGAUUCCUCGCGUCGCGAUGACGGGAUCGGGUUCCUCGGAAGACUGCAGCGGCAAAAAGUCCGCAUCUCUCGGAAACACAUCCUUGAGUCUGCAGUGAAGGUGUUCGAGCUGUAUGGAUCUUCGUCGUCUGUGCUGGAGGUCGAAUAUUUUGAAGAGGUCGGAACAGGGCUGGGUCCCACCCUUGAAUUCUACUCGCUUGUGUCGCGGGAAUUCGCACGCAAGGAUCUCAAGCUUUGGAGAGAUGCUGACACUUCAGGAAUGGGAGCCUAUGUCAGUCAUCCAUCGGGAUUGUAUCCUGCGCCAUUGAACACUCAAGAUCUCAGCAACGAUGGUGUACAGAAACGCACACACAUAUAUCGGAUUAUCGGCCAGUUUGUGGCAAAAGCAAUGCUCGACUCACGCAUCAUCGAUCUUUCGCUCAACAAGAUCUUCCUCAAGAUCGUCCUGGGUGAAGAGGUCCCUUUGACGAUUGCGACGCUCAAGUUGGUCGACAUCUCGUUGGCAAACUCUCUCGAAAAGAUCCAGAACAUCGUUGCGGCUGGGCCAGUGCCGGAAGACGACAAGCUGAAGCGAAAAGUGGCCUUGAUCGAGACCGUGAGCAUCGACGACUUGGCGCUCGACUUCACCAUCCCUGGAUACGAUAUCGAACUUCGCCCCGGAGGCUGUGAUACCGCGGUGACCAAGGACAACGUCGAUGAAUAUAUCCACGAGGUUUUGGAAGCGAUUAUCGGCCAAGGAGUACAGCUGCAAGCCAAAGCAUUCCGUGAGGGAUUCUCGAAAGUAUUCCCGAUCACCGAUCUGCAGGCGUUUUCUGCGGACGAGCUGGUGCUGCUGUUUGGUAACUCGGACGAAGAUUGGUCGCCAGAAAUGCUGAGCGAAGCGGUCAAAGCUGACCACGGCUUCAACGGAGAAAGUCGAGCGAUCCGGGAUCUGCUGGACAUCAUGUCUGAGUAUGAUGUCAAGACGAGGAGGAGUUUCCUGCAGUUUGUUUCCGGGAGUCCGAAGUUGCCCAUCGGAGGCUUCCGAGGCUUGAAUCCGGCGCUCACUGUCGUUCGGAAACCUCACGAGGCACCGUUGACGGCAGACGACUACCUUCCGAGUGUGAUGACCUGUGUCAACUACCUGAAGCUGCCAGAGUAUAGCACGAGGGAUGUGAUGCGAGAGAAGUUGCGUGUUGCGAUGUCGGAAGGUGGUGGGAGCUUCCAUUUGUCUUGAGCUGUUUGUAUGCAUGAACAAUGAGUAAUAUUAAGAGGAAUUGAAUCAAGG